UUAUAUUAGGGGGCGCAGCAGUACUUUCAGUGGCUUCACCCAUAGACAUAUCCGACGUAGAAUACAUAGGGCAAGGAAACGGAAGCUCAGUGAGAAUAAUGAGCGAAUAAGUGCCUCAGAAUUAAACGAUCAGACUCAAAUUAACUCAAGCGCUUCAGCGGUGCUUCAAAUCACGCAACUUAGUGACAGUAGUUCAAAAAUGAAUGAUCAGAAUCAAUAUAAAAGGGAUGUGGCAACGCAUCCGAGUUCUUAUGCAGACGAAAACGGCGACAGCGAAAAAAUUGCCUUUCAAUGUAACGCAGGGGCUAAUGCGCUUCAGAGCCUAGAGCUACACAACGACAACAACGACAACGAUUGCACAGACAGUCUUCAGACCGCCCCAGGAACAAAGGGUGCUUGGAAAAACAAACAAGGAAUAAACCCUGUAAGUAUUUGCCAAAAACAUGACCCCGUUAAUCCCGAGAAGGGUUGUGAAACGGGCGAUCAGAGAGAGAACAGUUGCAACAAUACCCCGUGUCAGGAAGGCGUGUUGACAUUCCCGCUUAUGAAAGGCUAUGCAGCAGCUGAGACUAGCGACCCACCGCCCGUUCCUGCUAGAACUUACCAAAAAAUAAUUACUCCAGUUACACCUCAGACAACAUCGGUUCUCCCCCCGGGGCUUCCGACUAAGCAACUUACCAGGGGUUUUCACAACACGGGCUUGAAAGACGGGCAAGAAAUUGAGGAAAUAGCACCUACGGGUAUAGACCUAAAUGGGUGCUUUAUCCCCCCUGAUGAAAAUAGAAGACAUUCCCUGUGCAUGUCCUCUUGCUAUGACGUGCUAAACCAGGUAAACAGUGAUUUAAUCGAGGCUGAUUACUGCAGUGAGGCUUGGCCCGACCCGCUGCAUAAAGCAGGGACUCAAACCUCAUGUCCUGAUCAAAACAACUCUGGAUGUGGACCAAGUGGCUGGAAAAAAGUUGAAAAAUUGAAGGUAGAAGACGCCGAAGAAAAAUGGGGAGUGAGUCCACCUGUGCCACAACGUACUUAUAAGCACCGCUCAGGUGAACACCUCCUGAGUGACGCACCUCGCAGUUUCACGCCGUUGACUUCAACACGACAGAGGAGCGCGUCCGUCGGUAACUUAUCAAAAAUAAACAGGUUUUCAGAACAAGGGAGAAAAAGGGCGUCGUCCCCCAGAGACAAACCGCUACCCCCAGCGCCCCAAGUUGAACGCACGUAUAAACGUUUGGUAGGAUUCAGUGGGGAGGGAGUACCCGGCUCGAACAGCUGUGUGAGUGCAUUCCUUGGUGCUGCGUUAAAUACUUGCCGUAAAUAUCCGUCUGAUAGCCAUAUAUAUCAUUCAGGAGUGAAGGCAGCAAUCGAACCAACACCAAAUGUUACAUGUGUAGAAGAAUUUUUGGAGCAUACUCAUGCGAAAACUUCGUCACAAGCGCACCAGACGCCUGCAUUCUCUAUUCCUUCCAUUUUAAUCGAGCCUGCAGACGGUGGUGAUAUUGCUUACGUGGGUGUUGAAAGAAUUGAUUUAAUCGAAGACGAUAAACAUCCGCCUUUUGAUAAAAUUGAAACAAAAAAGGAAUCCAAAGCGAUAAAGAGUAUUUUUAACGUACCACGCGUCCCAGAAAGAACAUAUAAGCAAGUUUUAUCUUUACCAGGUUCUCGCGCUCGUAGUUCGUCGUUCGGUUCCUUCGGAAUGCAUCACAGAAAAGGCGCAAGGGACCAAGACCUUCACGUCCAUUUUAGUCUGGAUACAAGAGACUUGGACUCGAAAGAAACCAUAGAGAAAAACGACAAUGUUGCUUUCCGCCGUCACUCUUUUACUGCCCCAACAAUGUCGCAACUUGUGAGUAAAAAUGCACCACUCCAAAGAACAUCAUCAUCUCCUACAGAAAAAGUCAGUAACGACGAACCACUAUCCCCAAGACAACGGAGCAGUUCAUUCAGCGACUACGUAAAGCGUCUCAUCUCCCCCGGGCCCGACGCCGUCAGGAUGAAAGAACGACUGCAGGCCACCAUGGCGGGAGUAGAGGAGCUGCACAUUUUGAGAGAAAAACAGCGUUUAGCGGUCGAAGAAGCAAAAAUGAUUGGAAAAGCUGGCCGCCAGAGAAGUAAUACAUUUGACCCUUCUGAGCUCCAUGCAAAGAGACGACAGGUUAAAGAACAGCGAACUUCCGCGGCAGAAAGACAACCUACAAGUAUGGCGCCUGAAAAGAGUGGCAUGUAUCUACACCCACAGGACGCACUUAAAAGCGCAUCCAACAUAGUUGACUGGAAUGAUGACGGCACACCUAACACAAUGGGGAGAGACAGAAGCUCAACCUGGUCCGGAGUUCCUCAGCCUCCAACUCCACCAAGAGUCAGGAGACUUAGUGGUCGUCGGAGACAUGAUUCUGGAGGCAAACACAAACACAGGAGGGAUUCUAAUGCCAAUAAACAGACUCAUUCUGAAGUAAAAGAUCCGUCAGCACCUCACAGCUCUCAAACAAAAGAUAAUCUUACUACAAUGAAAAAUCCACAAGAAGUUGAAACAGCGCAUUCCAAACUGGAUAAACUAAUGCAUGACUUUCCCGAGCCUUUCAUGCGCCCACGUACAUUUUCUGGGGGCGAUUUCAAGUUUCCAAGCCCAAUGCAUGCUGUCCUUCUUCAAUGUGAGAACUCAGGGGAAGUCUCAAACCCGGCCAUGCAUUUCCAAUUUUCUAGAAGCAAUUCUGUCGGCAGGGUCGCAGACAUACGGAAGGACCCAACUAGAGGCACAAAGGAACGAAAUGAACCUAGGAUGCCUCCUGCUGGUGUAUCACCUACAGCGCAUUCAUCAUUGAACGUUAAAGACGGACUACGUGACGCCACAACCACCCUUGUAAAAUCAAACGCCAGGGAAAACGGUUCCAAUAAAUCUGAGAACGACUCCUGUAGAUUUCAAGCAAGCAGUGGAAAUUCCACUUCCCCGAAUUUUGCUUCCACUGAUAAAGUGGUGAGAAACGUAAUCUCGGUGGCACAUACACGACGGAUUCCUUUGAAAUCUAGAGACUCUUCGGAAAUAGUAACAUAUUCUGAUAAGCAAAAUAGGAACAACGUUACCGGGAAAUCACCCAAAGAAGUUACAAAAACCUCAGAAUCCAAAGAACAAUAUCAGGCAGAAGUUUUAUCAAAUACGUCCCGCUUUGCUGGUGAAAGGGGAGAUCAAGAUAAUGGGAUAGCACGUUUGGCUUCCUCAUCGCUAAAUGCAGACAUAACCCCCAAUAAAGACAUCUCACUGUUGCAAUGCAGUGAUAGCAGACCUCAUAUUUCAAAGAAAAAUCACAAAUCUACACCUGUUAGCAAAAUCACGACAGAGAAAGCCAUAGCGGAGCUUGACAGAAAUAUCCAGGAGCUCGCUAUCGCAGAUUCAGAAUCUUUAAAAGGGAAAGAAUCACAAAUUCAAACGUCUCCUCCUGUCCACGCUCUUCACGGAGAAAUUUGCUUUGCGUCAAAUCAAUAUCCCCGAUUACAUGCCUCCUCUGCAAGAUAUCUAGGCGAACACAGGAAGCAGAAACCCUCUGCUCCUGUUAUUCGUAUAGAAAAUGGCAACCGUCCUGUGCAUCUUAACAUUAACAUAAACGUUCAGAAUACCGAUGCUAGAAAUCAUCCAAGACAUUCAAAAUCCAAUGACGUGUACCCGGCGCAUGUUUUGGGUAGUUUCGCAGAAGAAGAAGAAAUAAAUGACGAUAAUGAGUCCGCAAAUCCGCCUGAACCUUCUCUACUCGUCACUAGUUCACCGCGACGCUCACAAGAUGGAAUAUUCAGUGUUAGCUUGGAAGAAGGAUAUUUUUCUGAGCCAGGAACACCACGCCAUAGCCUUGCAUCAAAUUUUAGUGAAAUCAGUCACUACACUACUAGUUCAUGUCUCAGCAGUAUGGGGUCAGACGGUGAGAAAGAAUAAGUUCAAGGCAUUAUUAGACGUGUUGGAGAUAAAGUUUGAUAAAUAAUUUACACAGGCGUGCUUUACACAUACGGAUAUACACUUUUGAUCUGGAGAGCGAAGCUUCCAAAUGAAAAUAACGUAAAGUACAUUUUACUCUUAUUCAGAAGGUGAAUUAUAUUUCCCUGUAGACAAGAUUUUAUUGAGAAGCAUUUGUCAGGGUAGGAACAUGUUUUCAUCUUUCGCUCCAGCGUCUAUUUUAGACUCCAGAGGGAACAAGUAGUAAAUUUGGUUGUGUCCCAAUUAUUGAGGAGACCGCUUAACAAUGAUUACAUAUGGGGCGGUGUAAUGGAAAUCGCAUCCCGAUCAGUUGUAAACAAUACUAAACUAUUUGCAGUACUGGCUGAUAUGAACUGCCACUCGUUUCAAAUGCAAGUAGGAUAUUCUCCAUUUUUCUAAAGUUGAAGGAAAAUAAACUGAUUAUUUCGAGGAGUGGUGACUUUUUAAUUCAUUACCUGUUAAUUUCCUGUCUUUAAGAUGGCUAAAAGGGACAAAGAUCGUAAUUUUCAUUCAUUAAACAUUUAUUUAACGUUAUUUCCAAAACCAGAGAAACCUUGUUUGGACAUGCCACUGUCAUGCUCAUACACUCCAACUACAAUGGAGAA